UCUCUUUAAUUUUUCAGUCCGUCAAACGCGUUCGUGGUAACUUGUCGUGUAUAAAAUUAGGUUUUAUUGUUAUCAAUCUUCCGGCGAUCGUGUUAUCAAGACCACCCACGAUUCGAAUAAAUAAUAAACAAGUUAUAAAAUGGAGCCUACUCAGUACUUCGGAGGCGUCGAAGGUGGCGGUACUCACUCAAACCUGGUGAUAUGCGAUCAGCUAGGCCGAGUGGUGGGCAAGUCACGCGGCCCGGGGACCAACCACUGGGCUUUGGGCAUCGACGAGUGUGCCCAACGGAUCAUAGACAUGCUGCACACCGCUAAACAAGACGCUGGCAUACCGUUGGACACGCCUUUGGACUCUUUGGGUCUAACGCUGUCCGGGUGCGAGCAGGAGAGCAGCAAUGCUAUGCUGGCUGCUCGCGUGAGGGAAAAGGAUGGAGCAUGCGCUCAGACCAUCUACGUGGCUUCAGACACCGCUGGCUCCUUGUUCACCGGAGCUCCUAAUGGUGGAAUGGUACUUAUAGCUGGUACGGGAUCUAACAGCUUGCUGCGGACUCCGGAUGGUCAACAAUACGGCUGUGGAGGUUGGGGUUAUCUUUUUGGGGAUGAAGGGGGAGCGUACUGGAUAGCCUUCCGAGCCGUGAAGACGAUCUUCGAUGAUGAAGACGGCCUGCGCCCCGCGCCGCACCCAACACGCGCGGUGUGGCGAGCGAUCAGCGACCACUUCGGCGCCGACACCCGGGCUGACCUGCUACCCUACGCCUCCAAACUGUUUGACAAGUCGCAGUUCGCAGGGCUCACAGCGAAGCUGUCGAAGCUGGCGGAGGCCGGUGACGCGCUGUCGCAGCACUUGUUCGCGGAGGCGGGCGCGGCGCUCGCGGCGCACGUGGCGGCGCUCACCGAGCGGGCUCAGCGGGCUCACAGCGGCGCGGCGGUGUUCCGCGACGGCAUCCGCGUGGUGUGCGUGGGCUCGGUGUGGAACAGCUGGAGCGCACUGAAGCCUGGCGCUCUCAAGCAGCUCGCUGCGAGGCGGGUAAAAUUCGACCUUGAACUCGUCCGUCUCCGGGUAUCCAGUGCUAUGGGGGCUGCAUGGCUGGCCGCAAGGCAAGUUGACUACGACUUACCGAGAGACGAUACCGCCUUCUGUGACGUCUUCUACACCUACCGAUCGGAUAUUAACGGCAAAGUUAAUGGAACACAUAACGUUAUCGAUAACGUUAUAACUAAUAACGGCACUAGCGAAAACGGUGACAGUGAAAACGGUAUAAAUGGUAACGGCACAAAUGAAAAUGGCGUUCACGGUUGUGGAUUGGCGUCUGGCGUUAUAGGUUACUUUUGUGCAAAGGAAAAGUUAAAUGCUGCAUCAGUGAUAAGUCUCGCUGGUAGACGGAACCAGUUUAAUUUUAUAGCGGAUGUAGUGGCAGUGUCAGCACCCUCAGUGGUCUACAUUGAAAUAAAAGAUGGCCGCAGGGCAGAUCUGUUCACGGGUAAAUCCAUCUCCCUGUCCAACGGCUCGGGGUUCAUCGUGAAAGAGGAUGGGUUGAUUUUGACCAAUGCACAUGUGGUGGUUAACAAACCAAAUGCUAUUGUUAAUGUGAGGCUUAUGGAUGGCUCGAACCACACAGGCUUUGUAGAAAGCGUAGACCUCAAGUCAGAUCUGGCUACUCUGAGGAUACCAGUGAAGAACCUGCCCACUAUGAAACUGGGCACCUCCGCAGACCUAAGGCCUGGCGAGUGGGUGGUGGCGAUGGGCAGUCCCCUAGCGCUCAGCAACACGGUGACAGCCGGGGUGGUCAGCUCGACGCAGCGAGGAAGCGCGGAGUUAGGUAUAAGAGGCAAGGACAUGGUGUACAUACAGACGGACGCGCCGAUCACGUUCGGCAACAGCGGCGGGCCGCUCGUCAACCUCGACGGCGAGGCCAUAGGCAUCAACAGCAUGAAGGUCACGUCGGGCAUCUCCUUCGCGAUACCCAUCGACUACGUCAAGGAGUUCCUGGCCAAAAGUAAAACGAAGCCCCCGCCCGUGUCGCGGAGAUACCUCGGCAUAACAAUGCUGUCGCUCACUGAGAACAUCCUCUUGGAGCUGCGGAUGAGGAACCCGGAGAUGCCGACAGACAUCGAGCACGGUAUUCUCGUAUGGAAAGUCAUAAUCGGAUCACCCGCCUAUAACGGCGGGCUGCAGCCGGGGGACAUCGUGACGCACAUCAACGGCGCGGCCGUGCGCACGGCGGGCGACGUGUACGGCGCGCUCGAGGGCUCGCCGGGCGCGCUGGCCGUGGACGUGGUGCGCGGCCGCACGCGCAUGAAACUCAGCGUGGCGCCCGAGCCGCACUGAGCGCGCCGCGCCGCCCGAGCCGCAGGCGGGGCCACUAAGGAUUCGAUCCCGGGGUCCCGCAGCGUGACUACGGCUGGCGGGCGACGGGCGUGAAUCUUGCGAUCUUUGCUGUCGAACAUAACUUUUGUAUUUUUUUUUAUUCAAAUGUUUAACAGCAAUGGUCGCGAGAUUCACGCCUGUCGCAAGCCCGCUGCGAGUCAAAUUAUCACGAUCAUGUUUAAAUUCCGAAAUUUUCAGGGCAAAAGGAGAUUGGGCGAAUUUGUACCGAGCUAAGGGACGAGCCUAAAAUUUUCGUAUUGACCCAAAUGAACAUUAAAAUAAUAUUCAUUGAAAGCAAAUUUUAUUCUAAUGUUCUUAAUCUAUAAAAUCGUGUUAUGUUCUUUAAUACAAUACGCAUAAGAUUAAUUUUACUCUGAUGUUUAAGUAUUUAAGCUCGAAAACGAGUGCAAGUGCUAGGGAUAUUGCAGAGAAUUAUGAUCAUCACAGUGACUUGCGCCAAAACUUGACAAUCAUGACAUGGACAGAUAUCAAUAAAGUUAAUGUAUGUUCAAUUAAUCAACAAAUUCGUUUUGUUUUUAUUAAAGAAAUAUAUUACAGAAAACUAGAUUCCGAAGUAGAAAAAUAAAAUAAUAUUAUUUACAUUUAAACAAUGGCCUUUUUGCAGACAGUACCAAAAUUGCUAAAACUAUGUAUUAGGUUAGGUUAAGUAUUUAUUAAGAUAAAGAUUUACGGUAAUAUUUACGUUAGUGUACUAUUAAGAAAUAAAAUGCUCCGAUUUGCCCCAUCUCCUUUUUAAUGAAUCUCGGGAUUUUAAUUUUUUAAAUGAUUCAAAAUAAAAUGUCCGUGAAAAGAAACGCACAAGAAACUUGAUAUGUCGUUUUGACGGCCAUCUAUUGUUAACACCGUUGAUUUUGAGUCCGUUUUCAAUAUUCAAUCUAUAUGUAAUUUGUUCAUUAUAUGCUUAUUUAUUUAUUUAAACUCUUUAUUUGUACAUCACCACACAGUUAGGAAAAUAAAGGACAAAUAGAGAGAAACACAGAGACUGGAGUAGAAUACAAAAGGCGGCCUUAUCGCUUGAAAGCGAUCUCUGCCAGACAACGUUAGGAUGCUUAGCAAAAUUGUUAUCUGUAAAAAAUUGUAUGGAUAUUUUUUGAGAAUAACAACGUUGCUAAGUAAUAAAUUUACAAAUUACGGAUACAUUGAAUAUUGAAAAUGGACAUCAGUGUGUAAAAUGACCAGCUUCACUGACACACGAUAUGUUUUACUGUGUUUUGUUACCACUUUCCAUUGCCAUUACAAUUUCGGAAUUAUACCGGGAUCUCGAGAUUGAUAAUCCUGAAAUCCCGGAAUUGGAAAAAUCGACCGGAAUCGAAUCCUUUACUUAUAUCUAAUACCCAAUACAUUACUGCCACGCUA